AUGAAUUCCUCCAGGCUGCCUCCUCAGUGUAGCGCUGAGCUCCCUACUCUAGGUAGGAACGCCAGGCGCCUUGUCGAAGGCCUAGACAAGCAUAAAUCCCUAGAUGAAUUAUUUCCCAUAGUCGUGGAUAUGGCCGAGGAGCUUGAUAAGCAGGCAAUCCCCUGCGCGAGCACGGUCAAGAUGUUCACAGAAAAGGACUCGGAGCAGUAUAAACAGCUACACAUCUUAUUCCAUACUUUAAAUCGGGAUAUACUGCGGUCCCUCGUGCUAGGCACGCUAUCGUAUGACCUGUGGGAUAAAGAUUCCAACAGCUGGCAGAACACAUACUCCACCCAUUCGUUCGAUGCCGCCGGGUCGUACGUCAUGACACUUUCGAUCGAAGGUCGGCGAGGAAAGUUCUUGAACGGCAAAGAGAUCGGGCAGGUGAGGGAACUCCUCGACACUUACGAACGCUGCUGCCAAGCCUGGAUAAGCCACAUGGAGGAGGAUGCAUACAGCUUCAACGAGCUGAGCGACCAGCAGAAAAGAGACCUUCGAGAGGCCCUCCUGAUCGACAACGAGAUGCUGAGCGAUAAGGACAAGUGGGACGAGGAAGACGACUAUCAGCAGCCAGCUUUGCUGCGCAAGACCGGCGACGGUUCAAUUAAGGCGAGGGAAACGAUCGGCAUGCUCCGAGACCAGCUCUGGGCGCGCAUGAAUCCCCACGACGAUGCCACGUACCAGUGCUCCAGCCCCUCGUACGUCGGCUGCUCGCAGAAGAUGGGUAGCCGGAUGCCGAGUCACAACCCUGACGGCAGGACGUUGGCAUCCCCCUCAGCGCUUCACAGGAUCUUGACCUCCUGUAUCCGCCAUAUCGGGCUAGAGGUUUCUGUCAAGAUCAUACCGAUACUACCGGUUUGGGAACCCGGCCAAAUUCAGCUAUCGGAGGUGUUGUUGACUGUACUUGCGCAGUCCAUGGUCACAGUACAUGGGCUCAACGCCAUACAGCCCGGGACGAGCUCGCGCGCGACAAUUGCAAACGUAGCUACGUACAACGAAACGAAAGAGCUCGUUUGGGUCAAGAGGACGUGGCUGGCUGAGAAUAUAAGAAAGUCUCUCAACGAGCUAUUAGCAAGGGACAUCUACGAGCGGGUCUUCGAACCGAUGGUAAGCGAAGACGAGGUCAAAGAAAAGAUGGAGAAGGUCUCCGAAAAUGUCCCCAAUCUCCGCGCAUUAGUCCGAGAACUAGAAGAACUUAUGAAUGAGCAGGCAUAUGGUGCGAAGGAGCUCAAGGAGAGGGCCUUGGAGGCGGAGAAGUUCUAUCAUCGAUCAAGGGGAAUGUUCCCCAAUCUCCCACCACCUUCGUCCGCAAGAAACGAUGAGCAUUUUACUGAUUUCAGACAAAGCUCAAUCUAA